AUGAUAGACGCAUCCAAACGAUUUGUCAAACUUGUCCAAAACCUUAAAUAUUUCAAGAUCAUAGUAAAGUGGACUGAUGAAUUUUACGAUCUGAGAGAUAUAUUACAAAAUUGUCAUAAUUUAGAAGGUUUGGUAAUUGAAUUCCCUUACGAUUCUGAAUCUGAUAUUGAUGAUGAUGAGAGUUUGGUGGGGAAUGAUUGUAAAAUAUUAUUUGAUAUAUUAGCCAAACAUUCUCCAAUGCGUUUAUAUAAAUUUAAAUUACAAAAUAUAAAGACGUUUAUACGCGAUAAUCUAAAAUCUUUCUUUGAUAACUGGAAAGAUCGACCACCCAUGUUAUUUCAAACUAUUUGGAAAGCAUUUUGA